GAAACAAUCGUGGGUGGCGCGCGAGGCAUGGCGCAUGCGCAGGAUUUGGCGUAUGUAAGGGACUCUGCAUUGUUUCUACGCGGCCGUGAUAACACGCGACAGAAUAGUCGAACUGUCGAAGCCCGAACUUGAGAUGCGGGAUUAGAGUCAAACCGAGCUAAUCGCGGCCGAGGAGAUAAUUAUUUCUAAAUUUUAAAAUACUCACUCGCCAUAUUCUGCUAUCAAACACGGACGCCGGUAAAUUCCUCGAGCCAAAUGGCAAGCUCGACGACGGUCAAAUACGUCGCGGCGCUCGACGUCGGGACGACGACUGUGCGAUGUCACAUCCUAGACAAGAAUGUGAGAACCGUUGGUGCUGCUUCGGGAAAGGUAGAAAUAAUAUAUCCGAAACCCGGAUAUGUGGAAAUCGACCCGAACCGGUUAUGGGAGACUAUAAUUCGAACGAUGAAAGAUGCUUUGCAAGAUGCAAACUUGGAAGCUAAUCAGAUUACUUGUAUUGGUAUAUCGACACAGCGGGGCAGCUUCACAACGUGGAAUCGAGAGACAGGGAAACAUUAUCACAAUUUUAUCACCUGGAAGGACUUACGAGCGGACCAAAUGGUGAAGGAAUGGAAUUCUUCCUUAACAAUGAAGGGCUUGCGUUCUGGUGCACACUUUCUCUACAUGAUUUCUGGGAGUAAACGUUUCCUAGCCGGCAGCGUUUUGAAGCUAAUGAACACCCAGACGACGUUGCGAUUGACUUGGGCGUUGCACAAUGUGCCUGGUCUGAAGGAAGCUGCGGCGGAAGGCAGAGCGAUCUUCGGAGGAGUAGAUUGCUGGCUUCUCUACAAAUUUACCGGUAAACAUGUAACCGACGCAUCCAGCGCCUCCGCCACCGGACUCUUCGAUCCUUUUACAAUGCAAUGGGCAGGCUGGGCUAUAAAGAUGUUCAAACUGCCCCGAAACAUGUUCCCCGAGGUAGUCGACACUGCUGGAGACUUCGGUACUCUGCCGAAGAAUUUACUCGGGGCUGAAAUACCAAUUCGUUGCUCGAUGGCAGAUCAAGCAGCCUCCUUAUUUGGAUCGACCAGUUUUCGGCCCGGGGAUUUAAAGAUCACCCUGGGAACGGGGACUUUCGUGAAUGUUAACACAGGCCGCAAUCCUCACGCCUCUGUGACUGGGUUGUAUCCACUCGUGGGCUGGCGAUUAGGAGCAGAAACGGUCUACGUGGUCGAAGGUGCCUCGAACGACACGGGAUCCCUCAUUGAAUGGGCUAAGUCCAUUGGAAUAAUUAAUCAUCCUGCGGAAACGUCCGACCUAGCAAAAUCCGUCCAAGACUCCGAUGGAGUUUAUUUCAUCCCCGCGUUCAGUGGAUUGCAAGCACCAAUUAAUGAUCACACCGCGGCCGCGGGUUUCCUCGCAGUGAAGCCUACGUCUAGCAAGGCGCAUCUAGUUCGCUCGAUCCUCGAAAGUAUUGUAUUCAGGAUACUUUUGAUAUACGAGUCUCUGCAGCAGGAAACAGAAUUCUCAUAUCACACGAUAAGAGUUGACGGUGGUGUCUCGAAAAACGAUUUCAUAAUGCAGCUACUUGCUGACGUGACUGGUUUGCAAGUCGAACGUGCCAAAAGCAGCGAAAUGUCUGUUUUAGGGGUUGCAUUUUUGGCUGGGUUAUCCUUUGGUGUGUGGAACAGCAAGGAAGAAUUACUCCAACUUCGUGAAGUAGAGAAAGUGUUCAGUCCAAAACGUGAAAGGCAGCUGGAUUAUCAGUCGAUAGUGGAGCUGUGGCAAAAGGCAGUUGAACGGUUCAAGGAUUGGUAUUGACAGCCAAUAAAAAUAAUUAGAUAAAGUUUCCAUAUCGUUCCUCAUCAAAGAGUGACUUUCAGUCGCAUCUGUAACUGAAUCAUGAAAAAUAUUUUUCCGCGAAAAAUCUGAAAGUACCAAAAUAUUGGUUCUGUGUUUGAAAGUCGAUCAGAUGUAUUUAUAACUAUAAUUGAAGCUGUUCAAAAAUAUACGAGAAUUAAAUAUUUUAUCCAAUUCUAUUCGGCGCUAGCAACAUUAUGUACAUAUCAUAUAGUAAUUAAAAAUCGUUACCUAGUUUAUAUUCUUUGUGCAUAC